GUCUCGACGCGCUCAGUUCAGUCCAGCGCUGUCAUGGCUUGGUGUGAUCGUGGCGUUCAGAUUGUUUUGACGAGCCUGGGCGCCUUCGCAGCGAUCAGCCUGAUGACUGUUGCGAUCGGAACCGACUUCUGGCUUUACUCUAGAGCUCACAUCUGUAACACGACCGACGCAACAGAUGAACCCCACACCAUGCAGCAGUCAAAGAAAACACGAGGGGAUCUCACGCAUUCUGGACUUUGGAGGAUCUGUUGUAUAGAAGGAAUCAACAAUGGAACCUGCUAUUGGAUCAAUCAUUUUUCUGUGGAUGAUGACUAUGACACAGAAAGCUCAGAGUAUCUCCUCCGAUUAGUGCGAGCAUCCAGUCUCUUCCCCAUCCUGAGUACCAUCCUGCUUCUUUUGGGGGGACUUUGUGUUGGGGUGGGCCAAAUCUAUAGAAGCAGUAAUAACAUUCUCUUGAGUGCAGGGAUCCUAUUUGUAUCUGCAGGUCUUAGCAAUAUCAUCGGCAUCAUCGUUUACAUCUCCAGUAAUGCUGGAGACCCUAGUGAUAAGAAAGGAGAAGAUAAGAAAAGCCUGUACAGCUAUGGAUGGUCCUUCUACUCAGGUGUACUCUCCUUCAUUGUGGCCGAGGUCAUUGGUGUGUUGGUCGUCAACAUCUACAUUGAAAAGAACAAAGAGGCUCAUUUCAAACACUUUGAGUUUGUUAAAACUGUCCCUUCCCCUACAUCCUCUCCCUACACAAGCAUUCAAAGUUACCAUUACAGACAACAACGGUCCCAGUCCUGUUCACAGUCCAGAGAGCCAUCUAAAAACACUUCCCUUGCCACACUGAGCAUCACCGGCUCCUCACUGCCUUUAGGGGACAUUUUAAUGUAUACGGUGGGGAGAGAACAUCCAUUAAAGGCAGGUGCUUUGGCCUCCUAUAACACUGAUUUUGAACAUCCCACCUUUCUGCAAGUUCACAACCGUGUUUCUAAAGAUGUGAAGGACAGUCUGAAUCGCAGGAUUACUCCUGUGUAAAAAUGCAGUUUGCAGUUACAUGAUACAUUUAUAAUUAUUUACAGUUUUACUCAAUCAAUUUGGUUUAGUUCUGAAAUGAGAGUUAUUGAUUUUGUUUGUGCAAAACAAAAGUUGGUCACUUUCGACGUCAAAUCAAUGUCCAAUGAAUUAGAAUCAACUUUGAGUCUAAACUAAACAAGUCAAUGCAUAUUGUCAUGCAAUGAUUGCAUCUGGCUGCCACUUGAUUGCAGUACGAGUAUAAAUAGGCAGCAGGUGCAGAUCAUGCUCAACCUUCACUUUGAAGCCGAGCGGUGUCAAUCGUUCUGUUCUUACAAGCCUCUUCUGUGAAAAGCUGGAAGGGAGCUUCUUUUGUGUUGUUGGAACAGCGCUACAGUGGUGGUUGUUUUCCCUGAGUGGAUUGCCCACAUCAGGCUGCACUACUCCCUGUUUUUGUUGCAGGCAUUUCCCCUGUGGCCAUUAAGCAUGCUUAGGUUGCGCUCGUAGAUGAGUCGUGUUCUCAUUGCGGACACACGGCCAUCUCAGAUUUGUGGUGCCUUUGCCUCAAUCUAGUUCUCUUCCUGGCAGAAGUCAGGGGAGGACUACUUCUGGCACUAGCUUGGGCUGUCUGAGGAUCACAGUGAUGACUACCCCUCUGAGGUUACAGUUGCUGCCUUCACUCAUCCACCGGCCACAGUGGGGAGCGGGCAGCAGUGGGCAGUUCAAGAGCACUGUUAAAGGCCCUAAUCAUGUACCCUCUGCCCAAACAUGGAACCUGGUAAGUGUUACUCAGACCCCGCUUUGAAUUGCCCACGAGCCGCCCAAGUCGGGUCCCUGCGUUCCACCUCACUGACCCACUGCAGGUACAUUGGUGUUUCCGCUGAUCCCGCUUGCAGAGUUUCUGGGAUCCAACCUAGCACUGCCCUGCAUGUAUCACAGGCUCCUUUGGAUCAUCAGACUCAGCUAUGCGACUCAGUUCACCCAGCAUCCCCCCAUGUUCAGGGGCGUCCACUUCACAUCAGUAAAGCAAGCUGAUGCUCAACUCUUGCAUUCAGAGAUUGCAGUCCUUCUGGCGAAGGAUGUGAUAGAGUCGGCCCCACCAACCGAUAUGAAGUUGGGGUUUUAAAGCACCUUCCUCAUUAUACUCAAGAAAGGUGGUGAGUUACGACCAAUGUUGGACCUGCGUAUCUUGAACUGGUCUCUUCACAGUCUACCGUUCAAGAUAAUGCAGAAACGCAUCUUCGUUUGCAUCCAUCCCCGAGAUUGGUUUGCAGCGAUCACCUGGAGGUCAUGUACUUUCAUGUCUCGAUCCUUCGGUGUCACAGACCAUUUCUGCAGUUCACACUUGAAGGACGAGCAUAUCAGUAAAAGGCCCUGCCCUUUGGGCUAUCCCUGUCUACCUGUGUCUUCACAAAAUUUUAGUAGGGGGCUCUUGUUCCCCUGAGAAAGCAAGGUGUUUGCAUUCCUUAACUGGCUUAUACUGGCACAGUCUCGGGAUCAGUUGUGCAAACGCAGGGACAUGGUGCUCAGGCACCUCAGCCAGUUGGGUGUUGGGUGUUGGCGUCAACUGGAAAAAGAGCAAAUUCUCGCCGAUGCAGAGGAUCUCUUUUCUCAGUAUGGAGUUGGAUUUGGUUGAACAGACAGCAAACCUCACAGAGGAACCUAUUAGGUCUGUGAAUCUUUGGCAAGGCAGCGAUUCGAUUCAAUUACGAUUCAUAGGUUUUCGAUUCGAUUCAAAAACGA